AUGGAUUACUGUACAACUUUUCUACACCUUGCGAUUGAUAACAAGGAUAUAGGACUUACUGAAGUAUUUUUAAAUCAUGAAGCUAACGUCAACGCCACUAAUACAUACGGUACAACUCCGCUACACCGUGCGAUUGAAAAUGAGAAUAUGGGACUUAUUGAAUUACUUUUAAGUUAUGGAGCUAACGUUAACGCCAGUAAAGUUACUUAUACCGGUAUAACUCUUCUUCAUAUUGCAGCUCAGAAUGAAUACAGCCAACUCUCGAACUUUUCUUUGGACUUUCAAUAUUCGAGAGCCUUUCUCUUUACCUGA